UUCACCUUAAAUUGCUGCUCCAGUAUUCCUGUAGUUUAGCUAAAAGUAGUUCCUUAAUAAUCCUGUUUUCUGGGACGGAGAAACAGUUUUUUGGUAGUGCGGCUGGGACUGGUUGGGUAGAACGAGUAUUCUCACUAUUCUGGUGUUCCGACACAACGAUCACAGUCAUAGCUAUCUGUAGAAGGCGGAAUAGCGUUUACGUACAUGAAAGCGCAGCUUUUGUUAAAACAAUACAACGUGCCCUUUACUGAAUAAUAUUGAUGAAGUAGUGGCGCCAGGUUAACCUAAUUAUUACUGCGCAGAAGCUAUCACAUUGUUCACAAUUUUAUCACCAAGUGCCACUUGGCCUGGAUCAGCGAUACAAUAAAAUUCUCAUUGUUACUACUUACAACUGCGCUCAACUGCUGCAAACCGUAGUGAAUGGACUUUUUCCAUUUUGUUUCCGUGGUGAAUGCCGUCAAACUGCAAUCGGCUCACCAAAGUACAGUGGUAAUUUCUGCUCGACAAGAGAGGCUUGGACGCCGGAAAAUCGAAUUUAUUUGCGCAGAUGUGUGGUUGAAAUUCAGCCGAAAUCUUAAUACCUCAACCGUCAUGGACGCCAUCACGGAGUACCCUUUUCGGGGUUUAGCAUGCGGCCCACGCGAGAUCAAUUACGGUAAUACGGUGAUGGUGCAGCGAGACAACGGGGAAUGGUGGCUGGGAUACGUGCAGGACAUCGAUGAGGAUCUCAUGUUUGUGAAUUUCGAUUCCGCAACGGCUCCCGCCAGCUGGAUCCAAUCAUGUCACGUCCGCGCUCAACGCUGGUUAAACGAUCGUGAUCUGUGGUUAGCAGUGGACAGGGAAGUGGCUGCAACCGGCAGUUAUGCAGUGCAGGUUGCUCUGCGUAACACUGAGCACGGACCACAUGUUUUUCGUCCGGCCCGGCUCCUUACAUCAACAACUCGUUGGGCGCAUUCUUUGCCGAAUUGAACCAUCUGGCCAUGUCGCACUGUCUUGCGGUCCACUCGUGGCAGAUUGCCUUCCCGAUUAAUCCCGCCUUCGAUGCGCCACCGCUCCGCAACAAAACCAGCGGACUAUACUAUCAGAAGUUCACCAUACCUUUCAUGAAUGCUCGCUGGAUUACGGCACUGGAUGUGGCUGCCAUACGGGAGUGCCUGGUCAAAGCCGCGCUAACCCCAAACCCACAUGGACCGGGCUGCUAUCCUGGUAAUAUCUUCGUGGCAUACCGAAUCUAUGUACAUGGCUGUCACUGGGGACAAUCUCACUUUCGUCUGCGCUCAACUGCAUGAUGAUAACCUGAACUCGCGGGCCGAAUGGAGCCUAGAUACCUUAACACAUGCCUUUGCGAGCUUGUAUCCUGUUCCGAAUCCACCAUUGUCACCUGCAGUCACUGCAACUGAAGAAUCUCAACAAGAAUUAACUUUCGAUAGUGACGGAUGGAUCGGUGAUGUGGCGCAUUCAGUUAUAGCCGAUGUUCUCGUCAGUUUGGAUUUGCACACUCAAGCAAAACGUAGUUUGGGGAAUCCUACUUUUUUGAGUCUUUGGUCUGUCACAUUACGUUACAUCAUUUGGAGGUGAUUGGUACAGCCGUACAGAUACCUGGCGCAAAGUUGUGGUAGCAAAUAAGGCGGCAGUAUAUCUAAAUACAAUAUCAUUAUCCCAUCAUUCCUGUCCGUCGGAUUGUCUAAGCAGACCUGAACACUUACGUUCAAAUGGAAGCCUUCACAUCUUAUCCUUUUCGGGGCCUAGAAUCCGGUCCAUGCGAAAUCAAUUUGGCGAACACGGUCAUGGUGCAACGCGACAACGGGGACUGGUGGCUGGGAUACGUGCAGGACAUUGAUGAGGACCUCAUGUUUGUGAAUUUUGAUUCCUCAACGGCUCCCGCCGGCUGGAUCGACUCACGUCACGUCCGGGCUCAAAGUUUGUUAAACGAUGAUCUGUGUUACAAAAUGGACAGGAAGGUGGCGGCAACCGGUAGUUAUGUCGUACAAGUAGCGCUACGCAACACCGAGAACGGACCACAUGUUUUCCGGUCGGCCCGGCUCCUUACAUCGACGACUGCAUUUGGUCUGUUCGUUGUCCAGUUGGACCAGGGGAUUACGCCGCAACGUUUGGUGGUUCACCUAUGGCAAAUUGCCGUCGCGAUUGAUCCCGUCAUGGAUGCGCCGCCGCUCUACAAUCGAACCAGGGGAAUAUACUAUCGCAAAUUCAACGUGCCCUUCGUGAAUACUGGCAGGAUUACAAUGCUUGAUAUGGCGGACAUCUGUGAUUGUCUGGACAGAGCCGCACGAACCCCCGCUAACUCAUCUGAUGGCUACUACCCUGGUAACGACCACGUUGCAUAUCGUGUAUAUGUAGCUGUCAGUGGAGAUCAUCUCAAGUUUAUUUGCGCUCAGCUCCAAGACGAAAACGAAAACAAUCGUGCCGAAUGGAAUUUAGAUACAUUAACAGAAGCCUGUACGAACUGCUAUCCUACGCCGGACCUGCCAGUCUUACAUGAUAUUGUGAUCGACGCCCCACAGCAAAGAUUAACUUUCGAUAAUGACGGAUGGAUAGCUGAUGUGGUUUAUUCGGUUAUGGCCUACGUCCUCUUCAGUCUGGACUUGCACACUCAAGCCGAAGCGAAAAGGGUCUGCACUUUAUGGCAUCAGCUGUUGUCCGAACGUUGCGCCAGCCGACACGUAGCCAUCGAUUUCUCGAUAGUGGAACCGAACGAACUGAUCAACGACAGCUACGGUACUCCUUCCUGUCACAACAUAUUUAAUUUAAGCUGGGGCUUCGACAAGGCCCUAACCGCGGAAACCAAAAGCCUUACCCUGCUUGACAAUCUCCAGUGCACAGAUUUGACCAUAGUUACCCAAGUGUUCGUAGCGCUAAUGAACGUCCGGGGAAUUCAGCUGGACUAUAUCCUAAUCAAAGAUGGUUUCUCCCAUCCUGGUAUUACGAGCCUCUCUGAUCACGUGUCGGUAUCAGAUGGCCAUCUUGCCGAGCGUGAAUGGAAAUGUCACUGUUUAACCAAACUAAGCACCGUAUGUCGACGUCUGGUUCUGCAAAACUAUACAGUAGGGGAUAUUACCGACCCUCUGGAAUAUUUGCAUCGGUACGACGAGGUACCACGAGAGACGCUUGGUUUGCUAUCGGCCAGAUUUCACCCGCAAGAAAGAUUCCAAAAGGUUCCAGUUACGAUUCCUUAUGUUAUGCUGCAAUCCGAGGAUGGUAAUGCCAGUACACUCCGACAGUUUUUACUAGCGGCGGAGAGGAACCUUCCUCCGAUGGACGCAUCGAUGUACAACCACGUGCGCUCCGUCCAUAGUCGUUGGGUGGAGAUUCUGGAAUAUCCCAGCCAGUGGCACUGUGUUCGACGCGUCUUUCAGUUAUACUGUGGUUUCCAACCGGACGGCGGCGAGCGCACUUGGACGGAUGUUGAUCUGCGGCUGGUAGACGUGUCCACUCUGACCAAGCUAACAAUUGCAGCAAUUAAUGCAUGUUUCAUCGUGCCGCAGUGAUCGCUACACAUAUUUGUUGUUGAACCCGCUUAUGAACCAUCUUGGAAGCAAAUUUAUCACAGGAGCGUUUUUCUUGUUACAUUUCAUAUGCAUCUAAUGUGCUCGAUAAACAUUUUCGUCAUUAAUCGCAGGUACCAAAACUGGUUUUGCAAAUAUUGCAUGACUGGCAUAGGUAUCAUAACGUGUACAACGCA